UCCCCAUGGUCCCCCUUUCUCGCUUCCGUCCUGACGCAAGUGCGUGGCUGCCUUCCGCAUUGUAGGCUCGUCCUUGGUCCUACCCUAGUCAGUUUCCUGGAGCAUGCGCAGUCGCCUUCCAGUAACGUCCUGCUUCGGUCGUACGUCAAGAUGGCGGCCUCCGUAUUGAAUACGCUGCUGAGGCGCCUUCCUAGCUUUUGGUCUUUCAGAGAUGCUUACAGAGUUCAGGUUCCCCUCCAGACUCUUUGCACUGAAGCUUCCCCUGAGGAAAAUUCUUUACCCCCGGUUCCCAUUUCCCCUUAUAAAAAUGAACCCUGGAAAUAUCUGGACUCGGAAGAAUACCAGACCCGUUACGGUUCUCGCCCCAUCUGGGCUGACUACCGUCGGAACCACAAAGGUGGAGUACCCCCACAGCGGACUCGAAAGACAUGUAUUCGUAAAAAUAAAGUUGCUGGGAAUCCCUGCCCUAUCUGCCGGGAUCACAAGCUGCAUGUCGACUUUAGGAAUGUGAAGCUCUUGGAACAGUUUGUCUGCGCCCACACGGGUAUCAUCUUCCAUGCGCCAUACACAGGAGUCUGUAUGAAGCAGCACAAGAAGUUGACCCAGGCUAUCCAGAAAGCCAGGGAUCAUGGUCUCCUCAGUUACCACAUUCCCCAGGUUGAACCUCGGGAUCUUGACUUCAGUAACUCUCAUGGAGCUGUGAGUGUUACUCCGCCAGCCCCCACUCUGGUUUCAGGGGACCCCUGGUACCCGUGGUACAGAUGGAAGCAGCCGCCAGAGAGAGAGCUGUUUCGCCUUCGCCGGCUCUAUCAAGGCCAUCUCGGAGAAGAGAGUGGCCCCCCACCUGAGUCAAUGCCCGAGGUGCCACUCACAAGCCGAGCUGAAGCCUCCACUGAGCAGGCGGACCCCCAGAGUGCUCUGUAGGAGCUGUAGACUGGGAAGGGCUCCUGAGGGAUUAGGAGCUAACACCUAGGAAUUACAUGAUGGGAUUUCCCCUUCAGAAUUGUGUUUAUUUUGUGGCCAAUGGCAGGUCCAAGGCCAGAGAAAGGAAAUAACUGUUGUUGAAGGGGAUAAAUACAUCUGAGGCUGAGGGAGGGCACUACAGAUGUAUGGGAAACCCUAACCCCAAUAGUGUAAAAAGAUGGACUCAACAUUCUGUCAACUUGGCCUUUCCACAAUAAAGCUGUAUCUCCUGUC